AUGGAUACUCUUGAGGUUCAAAAGAGGUUAGAGUGGAUGAGGUGUGCUAAUAGGACAGACAAUCUAUAUAUAAAUGGAGUUAAUUCCUUUCUUCAAUUUGCUUUUGGUGACUUAGAAAUGAAUAGUGAUUUAGGAGAGGAGGAAAAGAAGGUACCUUACCCUUGUAAUCGAUGCAACAAUGGUCCACAUAAAACAAGGGACGAAAUUUACACCAACUUGAUAGUGAAUGGAAUCGUGCAAGGUUAUGUUCGUUGGAUCUAUCAUGGAGAAUUCAAACCCCCACAAAAGAAAAGUAGAAAUGAUUUGGGAGAUAGUGCUCGUGAUGAUAUAUAUAGAAUGAUCCAUGACAGGUUUAGUCCCGGAGUUUCUAAUAAUGAUGACAUAGAUGAUAUGUUAGAUGCUGAGCAACAACCUAAGGAGUUUGAUCAACCUAGAUAUAAAAAGGAUACAAAAGAGGCAAAAAUGUUUGAAAAUUUGAUGAGAGAUGCUCAACAAACUCUAUACCCCGGGUGUAAUGAAUUUUCUAAAUUGUCAUUCAUUUUGAAGUUAUUCCAAAUCAAAUGUAUGGAUGGCAUGACUAAUAAAGCUUUUACUAGUAUGCUUCAUAUGUUCAAAAAUGCUUUGCCUAAAGGUGCUGAUUUGCCAUCUAAUUAUUAUGAAGCACGUAAGAUGAUUACUAAUCUUGGUUUCGAUUAUGAAAAAAUAGAAGCAUGUGAAAAUGAUUAUAGUGAAGCUUGGAAGCAUUUAGAUAAAGAAUAUCCUACUUUUUCUGCGGAGACUCGUAACGUUAGGUUGGGUUUAGCAAGUGAUGGAUUCAAUCCAUUUGGCGGGCUUAGAAGUGACUAUAGUAUAUGGCCAGUAGUGGUUGUUGUGUACAAUCUCCCUCCAUGGAUGUGUAUGAAACAACCUCACACAAUACUAUCUUUGUUAAUUCCAGGGAAAAGUGGACCCGAAAAUAACAUUGAUGUGUAUUUGCAACCAUUAAUCGAGGAGUUAAAAGAUUUGUGGGAAACUGGAGCUCAGACUUAUGAUGCUUCAAGGAAUGAGUACUUUCAAAUGUGUGCUUCAUUGUUAUGGACCAUAAAUGAUUUUCCUGCGCAUGCAAAAGACAAUCGUCAAUUUCUACCUACCGAUCAUAAAUGGAGAGAUAAUAAAUCCUUUAACGGGAAAGUAGAAAAAAGAGGUCCUCCUAGGAAAUUAUCUUCCAAUGAGAUUUUAGAACAACUAGAGGACCUUGAAGGCAUGAAAUUUGGUAAAACAAUGAAAUUGCCAAAGAGGGAUGAUAAUUAG